UGUCUUCCUUUUAUAUUACGAACGGCACAAAAGCACCUUAUCCUACCGGCACUCGGCUUAGAUAGCCCCAGACUUCACACGCUCUUCCCAUUCUCUCUCUCUUUCUCCUUCUCUCCAUGGAUUACCCUCUUCUUUCACCCGGAACAGAAACUCGUGGAACCUCUAAAGCUCCCUCAACCGCGUUCGCUUUGCCACCCGACCUGGAGCCAGCGUCGACGGGGUUCUGGAAGGUCACGGUCGACAGGAACUCGGAGUGCAUGCCCUCCGACAAGCAAGCGUACCUGAAGAAUCCAUGCAUCUACAGGCUCCCCGCCUUCAUCACCGACCUCAACCCCAAGGCCUACCAGCCACACGUCGUCUCUUUCGGCCCCUACCACCAUGGUGAGAAGCACCUCCUCCCCAUGGAGGAACACAAGGACCGUGCGCGCAACCGCUUCCUCGAGCGGUCUGGGAAGUCCCUUGAGCCCUUUUUCGAGUCCCUGAGGGAGGCAGCGUGGGACCUCAAGGAGAGCUACGAUGCGCUGAGCCAAGAGUGGGGAGAGGGCAGCGAGGACCAGUUCCUGGAGCUGAUGAUGAAGGACGGCUGCUUCAUGCUUGAGAUCAUGAGGGCCGCCACGAUAGGGAAGGAGAACAAUGACUACGCGCCUAAUGACCCCAUCUUCAGCUUCCACAGGCUGGAAUACAUAACGCCGUACAUAAGACGGGACAUGCUGAUGCUGGAGAAUCAGCUGCCGAUGCUAGUGCUGUAUCAACUGGUCGCCGUCGACAGCAAUGGCGAGGAGCGUGAUGAAUACAUCAACAGGACCAACAACCUCGUCCUCAGUUUCUACUCUCUCGACACGAGCAUCACGGAGAUGGGCAGAUGCCUGCACGUCGUGGACGUCUUCAGGAAAGGCCGGCUGAGGGAGCCCAAGAAGGUCCAGCACAAGAAAAAAAAUGUGGGGCCUGAGGCUGGCGAGGGUGACAAAAGCUCCCUCGACACGUGCAUCCCGGGGAUGGGGCAUGUCCUAGACGCCUUCAGGAAGUGCCUACCGAAGAAAUCCACGGAGGUCCAGCAUGAGAUAAUCCGGUCGGCCACCGAGCUCAAGAAUACCGGUAUCCAGUUCAGGAAGAGCCUGACCUGCAGUCUCAAGGACAUCUCCUUUGCCAGAGGGGUGCUAAAGCUCCCCGCUAUCAUGGUGGAUGACACCACCGAGUCCGAGUUCCUCAACCUCAUGACUUUCGAGCGCUUACACAUUGGGACUGAGAACGAGAUCACAUCCUACACCAAGUUCAUGGACAACAUCAUCAACAAUGAGCAGGAUGUCGCGCUCCUCCACGCCCAAGGCAUCAUCCAGAAUGCCAUCGGGUGUGAUAAUGCAGUCGCUGAACUAUUCAACUCGCUGUGCAGGGAAGUGGCGGUCGGACCCCACAGUACCCUUGACGCCGUGCAGAAGAAAAUCAGUGAGUACUGCGAGAAGCCCUGGAACAGGUGGAGGGCUAAUCUCAGUCACACCUACUUCAGUAGUCCUUGGAGUUCAUUGUCUGUCAUUGCCGCCAUCUUCCUCUUCGCACUCACCAUAAUUCAGACCAUUUUUGUCGUGCUCACCUACUAUUGAACCCUACUUUCUAUUUUCCAUUUUUGAGUUUUUCUCCUUGUGGCUGUGCUCGAUUAUUAUCUGUCAAUCGGUUGAGGAUUGUUGUCAUGAAUGGUUUUCCUCCCGUUUUCAGUCGUGCUUAUUUCCCUCUCUAAAUGUUUUGAAUGAUGGACAUUUGGCUGUUUAUAUAUAGUUAUCAGAUGAUGA